ACUGAGAUAUUCAAGAUGGGCAGCAAUAGUACCAGCACUGUUGAGAGUAAUUGUGGUGUCACAAAUCUGACAUUUCAGUACUCUCUGUAUGCAACCACCUAUAUCUUCAUAUUCAUCCCUGGACUCCUGGCUAACAGUGCAGCCCUGUGGGUCCUGUGGCGCUUCAUCAGCAAGAAGAAUAAGGCCAUCAUUUUCAUGAUCAACCUCUCCGUGGCAGAUCUUGCUCACGUCCUGUCCUUACCUCUCCGGAUUUACUAUUAUAUCAACCGUCACUGGCCAUUCCAGAAGGCACUUUGCCUGCUCUGCUUCUAUCUGAAAUAUCUCAACAUGUAUGCCAGCAUUUGCUUCCUGACAUGCAUCAGCCUUCAGAGAUGCUUCUUUCUCCUCAAGCCAUUUAGAGCCAGAAACUGGAAGCGUAGAUACGACGUGGCCAUCAGUGUUGCCAUCUGGGUCGUCGUGGGGACUGCCUGUUUGCUAUUUCCCAUCCUGAGAAGUGCUGGCUUAGCUAAUAACACAGACUCCUGUUUUGCUGAUCUUGGGUACAAACAGAUGAACGCAGUGGUUAUGGUCACUAUGAUUACAAUUGCAGAGCUGGCUGGAUUUGUGAUUCCAGUGAUCACCAUCGCAUGUUGUACCUGGAAAACAACUAUAUCCUUGAAACAGCCACCGAUUGCUUUCCAAGGAAUUAGUGAGAGGAAAAAGGCACUGCGGAUGGUUUUCAUGUGUGCUGCAGUCUUUGUCAUCUGCUUCACUCCUUAUCACAUUAACUUCACAUUUUACACCAUGGUAAAGGAAAGUAUCAUUACCAGUUGUCCCAUUGUCAAAAGUACACUGUAUUUCCAUCCUUUCUGCCUGUGCCUUGCAAGUCUCUGCUGCCUUUUGGACCCAAUUCUUUAUUAUUUCAUGGCUUCAGAAUUUCGUGACCAACUAUCUCGCCAUGGCAGCUCUGUUACCCGUUCUCGUCUCAUGAGCAGGGAGAGUGGUUCAUCAAUGGUUAGCUAA